UGGAACUUUCCCCUUAAGCUGUCAGUCCUCAACAUGGCGUUUUCUCUGAGAAACGAUCCCCGCAGGCCGGACAGCCCGGACUCCGAGUCUCCGGCCCUGUCCACCUGCAGCAACGCGGACAUCUUCCGCAGGAUGAACACCAUGCUGGGCAACGCUCUGGAUUUCACCGGUGUGUGCACCACACCCAACAACAACAACAACAACAACACCAAGGGAAAGCCAGACCUGCUGAUGCUCUUCCCCAACUGCGGUGGCGGCGGCAUCAUACCCGGCUCCCAGGAGAUGCCGUCAUCCAGGGGCCCGGCGGGCGUCGCAGACCUGGGCCUCGGCCUCCAGUCCCUCCGGCUGUCCGGCUGGGACAGACCCUGGAGCAGCCAGGACACGGACGCACACAGCUCCCCCUCCCAGGUCCACACCAGCUCGCCCUCCAUGCUGGGCAUCCUGAACAGCCCCUUCAGCAGCAUCCUGGGGAAGCCCCCCGGCUACCUGCCCCCCGAGUCCAUGAGCAUGACGGCCGACUUCCUGGAGAAGUUCCCCAGCAUGGCGCGCAUGGCGACCCGCCUGGACUCCAGCUCCUUCCUGGACUCUCGCUCCAGCAGCCCGGAGGACUCUGAGACCAGCGGCUUCAGCUCCGGUUCAGACCACCUCUGUGACAUGCUGUCGACUCUGCGUAUCUCCCCCCCGCUGCCGUACCUGGCCUCCAGCAUGCAGAAGGAUCUGCUGCGACUGGGCUCCCGUCUGGACCCGCAGGACUCCAGCUCGUCCAUGACGCCGCCCUCCAGCGCCAGCCCCACCUCCACCAUCUCCCGGCGCUGGCGCAGCGCCUCCCCCUGGCCCGGCUCGGAGAUGCUCGACCAAUCGGACGACACGUUCAGUAUCGAGAGGGAGGCUCGUCUGCACCGACAGGCUGCAGCGGUGAACGAGGCCACGUUCACCUGGAGCGGUCAGCUGCCCCCCAGGAACAACAAGGACCCGCUGUACUCCUGCAAGGUCUUCCUCGGGGGCGUUCCCUGGGACAUCACGGAAGCCGGCCUGAUCAACACCUUCAGUGGCUACGGCCCCCUGACGGUGGAGUGGCCCGGUAAGGAUGGGAAGCACCCCCGCUGUCCCCCCAAAGGUUACGUCUAUCUGGUGUUCGAGAACGAGAAGUCUGUGCGGGCGUUGCUGCACGCCUGCUCCCAGGACCCGUUUCACCCCGAAGACAACCGGGAGUACUACUUCAAGAUGUCCAGCCGCAGGAUGCGCUGCAAGGACGUGCAGGUGAUCCCCUGGGUGAUCUCCGACAGCAACUACGUGCGCUGCCCGGCUCAGCGCCUGGACCCCAGCAAGACGGUGUUCGUGGGCGCGCUGCACGGCAUGCUGAACGCCGAGGCGCUCGCCAGCAUCAUGAACGACCUGUUCGGGGGCGUCAUGUACGCCGGCAUCGACACGGACAAGCACAAGUACCCCAUCGGCUCUGGACGCGUCACGUUUAACAACCAGCGCAGUUACCUGAAGGCCGUGUGCGCCGCGUUCGUGGAGAUCAAAACCCCCAAGUUUACAAAGAAGGUCCAGAUCGACCCGUACCUGGAAGACUCGAUGUGUCAAGUCUGCCUUCGUCAACCUGGACCUUUCUUCUGCAGAGACCAGGCCUGCUUCAAGUACUACUGCCGCUCCUGCUGGCACUGGCAGCACUCCAUGGACAUCCUGAGCAACCACCGGCCGCUCAUGCGCAACCAGAAGAACCGCGACUCCAGCUAGAGCCGACCCAGAAGCACUCUGCAGGAGCGAA